AUGUUGAAAAUGAAGUGGGCGACAGUCUGGUAUAGGGUCAGAUACUGCUUCACGCCCGCCAAUUGCCCUGUGCUCGCCGAGCUGCUGAAAGGCCCGAGCUCGACGGUGACAGCAAUGCCAACAGCAGAGCCUGGGGGCUUCAAUGCAGUUUCAAUGUCAACUGAGAUGCCAGACAGGCCACGCAUGGCUGGGACAGAAGGCCAUGGGGGCAAUGAUCCAGCGUCUCAGAACCGCUUGGUGCAGAUGCUGCAGACAGCUGCACACCCCGUCACCUGUGUCUUUCACGCAGCCUUCAAGAUUGUGGUAAUUCUGAUCUACAUCUAUGGUCGAUACAUCCACAGUGCUUACGUCUCCACCUUCAUUUUGUGCACCAUUUUUGCCGCCCUGGACUUCUGGACGGUGAAAAACAUCUCUGGCCGUCUACUUGUAGGACUGCGAUGGUGGAAUUUGGUCAAGGACGAUGGCUCGUCGGAGUGGGUGUUUGAGUCGAACCCAGACGAGGGCAACUUGAAUGCCACAGACCGCAACAUCUUCUGGGGUGUCACGUACAUUUGGCCCCUGCUGUGGGCGAUAUUUCUGUUCAUGAACAUUCUGAACUUCAGUCUAGAUUGGGUUCUCCUGAACAUCAUGAUCUUCAUUUUUGCAGGUACGAACCUGGCCGGGUACUGGAAAUGCUCGACUGAUGCCAAGAAGCGGGCGCAGCAGUGGGUGGAGAGUCAAGGAAUGAGGGCUGUUGCCGGCGCCAUGGGAUUCGCGUGA